AUGCUCCAAAUCCCGGUCUUCAACCCGCCUCCGCCAUCCCCCUCCCCGCUUCCGUACUUCUACCAGCCGCCGAAGCGCGUAGCGGCGCCGCAGCCCGCGCAGCCGCAGAAGAAGCAGCAGCGCCGGAGGCGGCACAGAGUAUGGGACGACCUCCCCACGCCGAUCGUGUACGAGAAGUACGAACCGAAGGCGCCGGUAGCGGCGGGUGAGAAGGCGAGCCGGUCCGACGCGUUCACGGAGAUUCCGCUGAGCAAUCCCGUAAGCGAGGAGCCGAAAGCAAAUCCCUCAAAACUCGAGUCGCUGAUUGUUCGCGCAUCUGACGCGUCGCUCUCAACCUCCUCCUUCUCGUCUUCGGGAAGUUCCGAUAUGCGCCUCUUCCCUAGUAGCAGCAGCUCUGAUAGUGGGCGCAGCGUGAGCAGCGCGAGCAGCGCAGGCAGCAGCGAGCGCGGCGCAGUGUACAGUUUGGGCCGGAAGCAGCGUAGCCACAGGGACGGGUGCGUGUGCGUCGUCGAUACCUCUCUCCUCUGGUCCUCCCUCGUCUCUUCACUCUUCCGCCCUUCUCUCCCCGCGCUCCCCGCGCCUUCCGCCGCAACCAGCGCCGCGCUUCCCGGACCAGCGGUCUACCCCGUGCUCCUUUCCUUGCAGUCGUCCACCGCCGAAAGCUCUGGCUAUGAUCUCACAUCACCUGCUCCUCGGGUGCCAAGCACAGACGCUGCCGAGCCGCAGGAGGGUCAGUACAUUCCUCCCAAGGAAUACAAGACCAUUGCAGUCAUCAACAGUCCAAAGCUCCUCCCAAGCACCGCCCUGCACGCGCAGUUCAUCACCGCCCGCCUCCGCAACGACCUUUACCUGCGCCGGGCCUUCCGAGCCUCCGUGCUCCGGUUCUCCCCGAGCCUCGUCGUCACGCUCGGGGACCUCUUCCAGUCCGGAGCUGAUGCCACUUACCCCCUCUUUCGAGCAGAAGCUAGUCGUUACCACCACGUGUUUCAGACACACGACCCGUUUCUCGACCCGCACACCUGGGAGAGGCGGCGACGGCAGCAGAUGGAGCGAGAGAGAGGGAGGGAGAAGGAGAGGGAGAACAGGGAGGAGAGGGAAUCAAAGAAUGGCCAAGGAGGGGCUAAUGAGGAGGACCAAAGAGCGGCUGGCGUGGGGAGGAGCGUUUGGGAGUGGUGGGGGAAGUGGCAUCCGGGGAAGGGGGGAGUGAACGUGCACAUGCGGACGGAUUUGGCUCAAGUGGCGGGAGAGAGAGACGUGGGGUUCAGCAGCACACAGAGGCAGCAGCACGAGAACAAGGACGAGGAAGUGUAUACCGCCCCCUCCUCUUCUGCCCCUCUUCUGCGCCACCUCUUCUUCCCUAUCCCACCUCUGCCUCUUCCCCUGACUCACCUCCCCUCGUUCCAUCUGCUUAUCAGUGGGCAGUUCGCUUUGAGCGUGCGCUUUGAGCGGUAUGUGGGGGCGCUGAACUUCCACAACAAGGUGGGGGCGGUGCGGGUGGUGGGGAUAGCAGAACAGCCUCCCUCUGUGUCUCACCCCCCUUUUAUUCCCCUCCUCUUCUGCCUCUUCCCUGCUUGCCCAACCUCCCGGCAUCCCAUCAGCUGGCAGUACGUUUUGAGCGUUGGAGCGCUGAACUUCCAUGACAAGGUGGGGGCAGUGAGGGUGGUGGGCGCGGUGCGGGUGGUGGGCGCGGUGCGGGUGGUGGGCGCGGUGCGGGUGGUGGGGUUGAACGAACGGCCUCCCUCAGCGUCUCACCCUCCUCUUCUUCCCCUCCUCUCAUGCCUUUUGCUGCGUGCCACCUUCCAGCUGGCAGUGCGUUUUGAGCGGUAUGUUGGGGCGCUGAACUUCCACGACAAGCUGGCAGUGCGCUUUGAGCGGUAUGUUGGAGCGCUGAACUUCCACGACAAGGUGGGAGCGGUGAGGGUGGUGGGGGUGACUGAACGGCCUCCCCUUAGAGGUUUUUCCUCCCCUUCCGCCUCUUGCCCUGCCUGUUCCAUCCAUCAGCUGGCAGUGCGCUUCGAGCGGUAUGUAGGAGCGCUGAACUUCCACGACAAGGUGGGCGCGGUGAGGGUGGUGGGGGUGAACGGGUUGGCUCUGGACGGCCACAGGCAGCGCAACAACAGCACGAAGCAGCUGGAGGAGUUCCUGCAGAGCCUGCCAGACCAUGGUGAGAUGAUGUGCAUGUACUCCCUCAAGGUGGGGGCAGUGCGAGCAGAGAGGGUGGUGGGGGUGAACGGGUUGGCUCUGGACGGCCACUGGCAGCGCAACAACAGCACGAGGCAGCUGGAGGAGUUCCUGCAGAGCCUCCCAGAGCAUGGUAUGGUGCCCAGGCGUCCUCACUCCAGCUCAUCCUCUUACCUGUUCAUCUCUUGGUCACUUCUUCUCUUCUUCCCUUCUCAUCCUCUGUUCCUCUCUGCCAUCUCUUCCUCUCGUCUCUGCACUGUUGCUCUGCUGCAGGUGCCCAGGCGUCCUCACUCCCGCUCAUCCUCUUACCUGUUCAUCUCUUGGUCACUUCUUCUCUUCUUCCCUUCUCAUCCUCUGUUCCUCUCUGCCAUCUCUUCCUCUCGUCUCUGCACUGUUGCUCUGCUGCAGGUGCCCAGGCGUCCUCACUCCCGCUCAUCCUCUUACCUGUUCAUCUCUUGGUCACUUCUUCUCUUCUUCCCUUCUCAUCCUCUGUUCCUCUCUGCCAUCUCUUCCUCUCGUCUCUGCACUGUUGCUCUGCUGCAGGUGCCCAGGCGUCCUCACUCCCGCUCAUCCUCUUACCUGUUCAUCUCUUGGUCACUUCUUCUCUUCUUCCCUUCUCAUCCUCUGUUCCUCUCUGCCAUCUCUUCCUCUCGUCUCUGCACUGUUGCUCUGCUGCAGGUGCCCAGGCGUCCUCACUCCCGCUCAUCCUCUUUUCACACCUGCCGCUCCACUCCCCCACCGACCUCCCCUGUGGAGCCAACCCACAAGGCCAAGCACUGCGGUGUGCUUGAUCCCCAAUGUGACUGGGACAAGGACGGGGAGGUUAGGUACCAGGAUGCCAUAUCAAAGGAAGGGUCCAACCACCUGCUUCAGCUGCUGAGACCGGCUCUGGUGGUGUCAGGCCAUGCAGAGGCAACCUGCUGGCAGCAGCGGCAGGUGGGGGGGACGCCCAGAGGGAACAGCAGCUCGGGUGCUGCUGCUUGGGACGUGGUCGAGCUGUCUCUCCCAACCUUCAACUUCAUCCACAGCACACACACCAUCACCCAACCGCCCGCCUGUGUGCGACCGCAAAUGAAAUCUUCUCCUCUUCCCUGUGUUUUCCAAUCACUCCUCCCUGCCGCGCGCGUGUACUUCCUCCUCUCGCUCCUCUCCUGCCUUGCCUUCCUCCUGCUGCCCUCACGAGGCGUCUCCUGGGCGUCCCUGGCAGCGCUGGCAGCGCGCGUGGCAGCAGCGAGCAGAGAGGCAUGGACACUCCCCAAGCUGAAAGCAGAUGGGGAUUGGGAGGGGGAGCUGGAGCCCAUGUUUGACACGGAUGGCAACAUGGUGCUUGUAAGGAGGGCGACUCCGAGACUUCCAGACACCAUGCCCUCUUCAGUCACAUCUGAUAGGAGACCUGGCGGGGCACAGCUAAGGGCAUCCCGGCAACAGGGGUCGCAUGAUUCGUUAAUGGACGCCGGUGGCAGCUCCGGCGUUCCUCGAAUCGGAUCAUUCACAGACGUCUCAAAAGACGGUGCUACAGCAUCUGGAGGUGGUGGUGGUGGUGAAUCAGGAGGCGAUGGGUUAAUGGCGACGCUUGCCAAGGGGGCGAACCUGACGCCCAAGAUUGCUUUUCUUCGCUUGCUACGGGCGAUAGGGCCGCUUACGCUGUUGGUGGGCAGUCAGCUUGCUUUGUAUUUGGGGCUUCUCGCAAAGGACUGGAGCUAG